AUGGAAUCAUUAAAUGAUGCUAAAUUUUGGAGAUUAGAAAUUGGAAAUAAGGCACCGAAAGUUGCGGUCGAAGGAAGCCUCGACGUCCACAAGAAAACCAAAACAGUGAGCCACCAAAUCUCGUGGGAAGAGAAAACAGUGACUGUUGUUGUCUUCAAACGAUUAAAGAAGGAAGAAAACCUAAAUCGAUGUUGUUCUAUUGCUGUUGAUCCAACAAACCCAGGGGAAAUGGCGCCACGUGGAGAGUUCGUAUUGGGUGUUACGGAUGGCCUGGAGCGGAUGCCGUCCUAG